AUCCAAUCUCGUCUCCUCCUCCUUCCCUUCGCACCAUACCAUUCACGACGCACUCCUUACCCCCUCGUGGGGACCCAUACAUCCUUUUUCCCCUUCCCUGUCUUCCCACUCUUUACUCCCCCCACUCACGACUCACAUACCCUUGCUCUUACUUCCCCGCCGUUCUGCUUCGUUGUCUUUCUUGAACGAGAUCCAUUUACUCCUCGGAUUAGCCCCCCACCACCAUCUUCAUACCGCCGCCGAGGACGGCAAGCAGUCGCAAUGGAGGACAUCGCCGCCGACGAUGAUCUCCUCAGCGAUAUGCUCCUAGACUCGCUUGAAUUCGAUCCGGCCAUCUCGACACACAAGAUGAACCAGUCAUAUCGGUCGCCCAGGUACUCCACCGACUUCGUCAAUGACCUCGUCAGGAGAAGAAUCGUUUGCGAGAGAGACGUAGCAAAGGCAGUGGAAGAACUGUGCGAUAUGAGUGUCGUCAAGAAGCAUCUACAGCACAAGUCACCGAGACAGUCACAAGCAUUCAUGAGUCACGCUAGACGAUAUCUUGAGGCCUACCUGCCCGACAGUGGCUUUGAAUUUGCAAUCACCAACCGGUACAAGCGUUCCACGGCUCCUCUAGCAUCUUCGCUCGCCGAUGCUUCGUCGAUAGCCGAGAGCUCCGCCGCUGGAGCUGCCGCUAAUGCUCAAGCAAAGGACCAUCACGCCGGUCCCUCGAAGCCUGCGCGGGGCAGGCGCUCCGGUGAGGUGGCAGCUCCACUUGCAGCCGGAAGCAAGGCCGAUCUAUGCGUGGUUGCUGUACGCGACAUGGUCCCUGGAGAGAUCAUUCCUUGCAAGGGUGGAGUCAAAGAUCUCUCGAAGAGUGAAGACGAAGCUCUGAGGAACGAAGCUGCUGCCAAUCGGGGAAGACCAGACGAUCAGACCUAUGGCGGCGUGCUCGGGCAGGGCAGAGACUUCAGCAUCAUCAAGAGCAGCAUGAGAAAUUGCUCCCAAUUACUACUCGGUCCGGCAAGGUUCGUCAAUCACGAUUGCAAUCCCUCUGUCCAAUUUUACCGAAGUGGCCAACAGAUGAUGUUCAAGGUCUCUCGCUCGAUCAAGACCAACGAGGAAAUACUGGUUGGCUAUGGGGAGCACUACUUUGGUUGGGAGAAUUCAGAAUGUCUCUGUGCUACCUGCGAGGCGAGAGGCAAGGGAGCCUUCACCAAGGAGGGAGUUGAGAGCUUGAAAGACCAAGAACGAGACGCUGCCAAUGCUGCAGAGGACGAGGCACCUUCCGAUGGCAGACGGGCACCCUCGAGACGAAUCAAACCUCCAGGUGAUGGGAUCUCGCCUACAAGACAAACAAGCAAUGGCAAUGGUGCUGCUGCUGGACCCAGUCAGCCUGGUCUUGAGGCCCCUCAAACCGAAUACGCCAAUCGGAAAGCUUCCUCGCGAGCUUCUAGCGGGGGACUUAAGACCAAUGCACCCUCUGACCGAGAGCUGAUUGAUCCAGUGGCUGCGCCAGGCCCAAAAUGUCAAUGCACCACAUGUGGGGGGCCAUUCUAUGCCCCCGAAAGCUGGUGGCUACCGGACGAAUGUAAGAGAUGUGAAAGGCACUACAGGAUAUUCAAAGCAGACUGGCCCAAUCGGAUCCCGGCUGAGGGGGUAUACGCUCAGCUCUACGAGCAGGCUCAGAAGAACCGGAAACACAACGGAUCGGGUGCAGGUGGCGUUGAGGAUAGCGAGGCGAGCUCGAGUCAUGCGCAUGGGAAGGGCAAAAGCAAAGACAACUCUACUCAGGCUGCAUCCCCUCCUCCUGCCAAGAAGCGCGGAAGGCCAUCGAAGAACAACGAUACUCCUGCAGUCUCAACUCCUACCCCCAGCCUCACUUCGAUCGAAGGUUCGACCAAUGAAGAUACUCCGAUUCGCCUGAGUCCCCUUCGCCCCAUCGGAAGCGUGGAGCCUCAGCCUGAAAUCUCGAAGCCAUCGACCAGCCGCAAAGUGGGAAGACCUCGUACAAAGGCCCUGGCGGACGACAGGAAUGGGCAAGCGGGCUCGAAAGCUAGCAAGAUUCACGCCGCUCCCGCCUUCAGCGAUUCGGGCUCAGAUCUCACUGAACCUUCUUCUGUAGCUGCAACUGAGGCCACUCGAGAUCCAUCUGUUCCUAGCGCCAGCAGCAGCGUUAGUGGAGGCGAUGAUCGACCCGCUGGCCCUAAGAUGCUUGGCAAGGAAGCAAAGACUGAAGAGCUUGCUAAAUACUGGGGGAUCAGUAACGCAGAUGCGACGAAGAGAGUCAGGAAGCAGAGCAUGAACGGGCCUGUCAGUUUGGCUGACAGGGUGGGCAGGCAGUCUUCUCGGACCCAUCGCCGCUCCAGUAGCGGCGUCUCGGCAGUCUCGGUCUUCGAGGAAGAUGAAGUUGAAGAAGGCUUAGGCAAUGCGGAGCGCAAAAAGAAGCGAAAGAGUGGCUCGAGGGAGAGCAAGACCAGUGGCGAAGGCUCUACGCCGAAGGCAAAUGUCGGAGAAAGUAGCAAGGUCUCUUCCCGAUCAUCUUCGGUUGCGGCCAGUGAUGUCAAGCCUGCCUCGCCCCACAAAGCCGCUACUGCAUCUCACGGCGCCUCUUCUCCGCUGCCUCAGGUAGUCAGGAAGAGGGACUUUGUCGAUGCUGCCAUGGAUCCUCCUGAACCAGCUCCUUCUGCGCCUUCGCCAAGCGUCCAAGCUCCAGUCCUUGCAACUCAUGGAACCGAGAGGACCUCAAUCAAGAACCUCGCUGCCUUCUGGAGCGCGGGCGUUGAUGCUGGCAGUCGAACAAGGAAGCAGACACAGCGGGAACCGACGACCAUCCUCUCUGCCUCUGGCAGCCCUGCUGUCUCUUCACCCAAGAGAGGUAGAGAGUCUUCUGGUUCUCAGCCUCCUGUGAGCUCUGGUGGAGAUGGAAAGAGACAGCGAGGAGGUAGACGGAGUCGCGGAGACGAUAGUGGCUCUGCGGGUCCAGCAGGCAGGCAGGCCUUCAAGCAAGGCAGCCCCUUCUCGGAUGGACGGCAAGACACUCCCAGCGAGGCGGCCAGCCCAUCGGCUGAUGGCUCACUGUCGAGGCCGAGAAGUCCCUUGGUCACGCAGGCCCCUCGUCAGGAAGCAACUCCCAGUCACCUACUGGCGGCGGCGGGACAGCAUCAGUCUCCAAGUGCUAGACCCUUGGACAUGCCACUUGCGAGCAGCCUCUCUCCCGAUACCGCCAGUCGUAGCAGUCCCUGCGGCGGCGCAACACCUGUCUCGACUCCUGGACCUGCCGCUUAUCGACAUAUCCCCGGGCGCAAGAAUCUCCGCAUCGGCAGACCGACAAGCGCGAGUCGGCCUCUAUCGUCGGCUUCUCCUGCCUCGAACACCUUAUCAGCAGGCCACUCCAAUGCUCUGAAUGGCAAAGAGCCUCACAAGCAGCCCGUCGUGGGCAGUACUGCAACUGGCUGGCCUGGCGUGACCUACGCUACCGGCGGAGCAGGUGCAGGAGCGGCAGAUGUGGGCAAGGCGUUCAGCUCUCCUCUGGUGCAGAUGACCAAAGUGGAAGAGACUGAUGGUGGGCUGGACGAGGCGCCUCGUAGGAUCAGCGAAGACGUUGGACCUGGCGGCGAUCCCGCCAGGAACAAGAUGGAGAUUGACCCAUGAGGAGAGAGUGGGCAGUCAGAACCUUCAUUCCUCCCUUCCUCGCUUACUCUGCGGCCAGUGUACUUCUACCGUCUCACGUCAUUGAUGUGGAUUCAUCCUUUCAUCUACGUAGCAAUGGACAUCAUCUUAUCCA